GAAAAAUGUAAUCACUGCACGAGGGUGUCUCUCGAGCGAAGUAUAUGUAGAGCUGCUGUCUACACCAAAAAGUUGUUCUGUUUGUAGGUGUGUGCGCACCUACAAACUGCCGCAGGUUAUGCGAGGGGACUGUGAUAAGUAUGUCCUCGUAUCGCGGCGCGGGCAGCGCGUGGGACGGCGGGCCGCCGGGCGCGGAGGCGGACUACGCGGGCGCGCCGGGCUACGCGCCCGCCGCCCCGCCGCGGCCCAUGCCCACCACCGACCCCUGGACCGGGGUCAGCUACAGCCAGUACGGCGCGCCGCCCUACGACUACCAGGCGUACGCGCCUCCCUACGGCUACCCUUACGACUCUAACUUUUACCAGCGCACCGAUGGCACCUACUAUGGGAAGUACCCAGACAACAGGACCUACCCUCUUCAACACCAAACUCCACACGCCUCCUACGAGAUGCCUACCCGACAACGUGAUAGAACUGAUAGAAGUCGUUCAGCUGAUAAGUCACCGAGAUACCAACGUCGAAGGUCUUACAAAAGCAAUUCUAGAAGUGUGUCCCCUUAUGAGCGAAGAGAGAAAGCUUAUUCUAAGAAAAGAGACAGUAGUUACGAAGAAGGUCGUCAUUGUAGAUCAAGGAGCAAAACGUCGAAACACAAGAAGUAUUCAUCCAGUGAUCGAUCUAGCUCUCGAUCACAUUCUUAUUCCCAAUCACCUCAAAAGAGAGAGAAAAAGAGGAGAUCUGUAUCAUCAAGUUCUUCUACAUCUCAAAGGUCUUAUAAGAAAAAAUCUAACAAGACUCAUGUUAACAAAAAAUCUACACCUGCAAGAGACAGGAGUUCUUCGGGCUCUUGCGGUAAAGCUGGACCUCAUAGAACACCUAGUGCUGCCAGAUUGAGCAAUUCUUCACAUGAAGGUGAACAUAAAAGUAAGGAAAGUAAAUCUCAUUCCAAGAAAUCUAGAAAAGUUUCAACACCACCACGAAAAGUAAAAAAGGAUGUUAAGGCUCAUAAGAAAGCUGAAAAGUCAUCUCAUACACCACCACCAAAAGAACAUAAAAAAUAUAAGGAUAAGACUGAAGCAACAGCCAAAAAGUUUAGGGAGAGUUCUUUGACACCACCAAAAACAUACAGAAGAAUGUUAUCGAGUUCAAAAUCUCGAUCUAGGUCAGGUUCGCGCUCGCCCUCCAUGUCGCCUGCGCCGCGACAUUCGAAGCGCAGACGUUCAGCGUCGAGGAGUCCACGCCCUUCGAGAUCACGCUCCUCCAAUUCAUCGGGUUCAUCUACGCCACCACGCCGAUCAUCCAAAUCUAAACGAAAGACGAAGCGAAAGUCUCGCUCUAAAAGUCGAUCAAAACGACGUUCGGUUAGCAAAACACGAUCGACGUCGCGACGCCGGUCGAAGUCGAGGGCGAAAGGCAAACAUUCAGUCAGCCCAGGUGGCUCGAAAUCUAGGUCCAGAUCCCACAGUUCUAGGUCACGUAGUCGCUCUGGGUCUGAUGAACGUCGAGGACAGUUUACAGUGGCAGAUAGAAAACGUUUCUGGAAAAUGCACAGAAACAGGCAGGAGGAAAAAGAGAAAGAAAAAGAAUCUAAAACUCCUCCUAAAGAAGUGAAACCCCCUCCUGGUGCUGUGGAAUCAACAACCGUUGAUGACAUUGAAUAUGGUGAUCCACCUGAAGUGGAAGGUCCUAAUUUUGCUGAAUUGCUGAUCCCUGAUCAAGCCAUGCAGGCUUCAUCUUCAAGGGUGAAGCCUGGUCCGAUUCCUAUCAAGAAUGAUGGAAGUUUCUUAGAAAUGUUCAAAAAGAUGCAGGAGGUGACUAAAAAGGCUGAACCGGAAAAGAAACCUGAAAUAAAAAAGCCAGCUUUGCCUUUCAUUGGGAAAAGGCGCGGUGGAAGGGUCCUUAAAACUGGAUUAGUGAAGAAAGCUAAAGCUAUUGAUGAACAAACUGCAGAUAGUGCACCUAAGGAUGCAUGGUCGCUAUAUAUGCAGGAAGUAAAGAAAUAUAGAGAGACAUCAUGUGAAGAGGAGCGGAAAACAAGACCUCUUGUGAAAUAAUAACAUAGCAUACUUAAUAAGAAUAGGAUUAAGAUUUUUAUUGUGACCUCUGCAAUGUAUUUACAUAUAUUAACAAUUUUUAUUUUCUACUAUAAACUGUGUUUAUUAUAUUAGUUUGUUUAGAAGCCAGACUUUAUCUUAUUUCAUUAUGAAAAAUUACGAAUAAAGAAUUAUGUCAAUGA